CAGUGCUGCUUACCUGAAGAAAGGCCAUCAUCGACAUCAAGUGUCAUAGUACAUGAAGAUGAAUCACAAUAGCAAUAUUGAAUCAGCUUUCAUACAUAUCCAUUUGCUUUUAGAGACGAAGGGGGAUUUUCUCAAUGGUUCGAUUUUCUGGCCUGCAGUCAAAGUGCUCCUGGAGGACCCUAAUAUUUUAGCGAACACCUAUGUCUAUGAACUUGUUAAAAACUUUGAUACUUCAAGUGAAGAACUGGCACUUUCACCUCAGAACAUUGUACAUAUAAGAAAUAAGGCACAUCAUUUGUUCCCUCUGCCUUCCGGUCAGUUCAUGUUCAAGCACCGCAAAGUCCGUACAACUACUAAGGAGAUGACUGCACUUAAGUGUCAGGUGAAGGAUAAAUACGAUUUGGAUCUACAGGAAUACGAAAGGAGAGAUACAACAGUUGUUGACUUGUGGUUGAAGAUUAUUGAUCAGGACUUAACUGAGGCAUAGUUAUAUAUUCUAUUCGCUAUUGCAUUUACAACCAGUGUUGUGUCUCCAUCCAGAAGGGUGAAUCUAAAGAUCUUGCCAGAUAUCAUUCCCUAUGAACGGAUACCGACACUAAACUGGCUUGCCUUUGCUGUUCAUGAACUUGUUUGUGGAGCAAAGACCGGCAACGGAUGUCUUUACAUACUGCACGUAAGUAACUUUUCUGUUUUGUACAUGAAUUUUUUUUCUCUUUUGUAAAUUGCAUAUGAAUGCUAUAAUAUGAUUUUGCA